UCAAUAUGGCUCCCGUUUAGCGCUGUCUCCCGAUUGAUUUUUUUAUUCCAUACGAUCUCACACCGGCCGCGUUUCAAACAUAUAUAAAACACACACGAAUUUUUAUAAAUAUAACCACGGGCGGACGCGCGUUUGUUAAAAAUAAAUUGACAUAUAUAACCUAUUUAUUAUGUGCUAGUGAAGUUUUCUAAUGUGUUCCAUCAAUCCCUUUUCGAAAAUAGAUGGGAGAUCCUAACCAUGAAAUAAAUUGACGCAACGCAUUCCACACGUACGCCGAACGCACACGCACCGUACAUGCCACCCAGCAUCGAUUGAUACGUACACGAGAAGAUACAUAAGAUGGCGUCAUGUCUACACUUCCAGCGAGACUACGUUCCGGUUGCCGAUUUUUACGCGGAGAAAUCGAUUUUUGUUACUGGCGGCACGGGGUUUAUGGGAAAAGUAUUAGUAGAAAAAUUACUACGAAGUUGUCCAAAAAUCAAAAAUAUAUAUCUACUUAUGCGGCCGAAGAAGGGGCAAGAUGUUACGUCACGGCUCAGCGAACUCACACAGUCACCGUUAUUCGAAACGUUAAGAAGAGAUCGACCGCACGAGCUGAACAAAAUAGUGCCAAUCGUUGGUGACAUCACUGAGCCUCAACUGGGAAUCAGUAAUGCUGACCAGGAUAUGUUGUGUCGGGAGGUGUCCAUAGUAUUCCACUCGGCAGCCACAGUGAAAUUCGACGAGAAGCUAAAGCUGUCGGUCACCAUCAACAUGCUCGGCACGCAGCAGCUCGUGCAGCUCUGCCACCGCAUGCUGGCGCUGGAGGCGUUAGUCCACGUAUCGACAGCGUACUGCAACUGCGAGAAGGAGUCCGUCGAGGAGAUGGUGUACCCUCCCCCCGCGCACCCCGAGCACGUGGUCACGUUGGUGCAGACCCUACCUGAUGAACUGGUCGAUAGGAUCACGCCGGAUCUUGUUGGUGACAGACCGAACACGUACACGUUCACGAAAGCGUUAGCGGAGGACAUGUUGAUACGCGAGUGCGGUAACCUGCCUGUGGCGAUCGUGAGGCCGUCUAUUGUGCUGUCCUCCCUCAAGGAGCCCGUCAAGGGCUGGGUGGACAACUGGAACGGCCCCAACGGCAUCAUAGCCGCCGUGGGCAAAGGGCUCUUCCGGACCAUGCUCGGCUCGGGCUCUCGUGUCGCAGACCUCGUGCCGGUCGAUACUGUCAUCAAUUUGAUGAUUGUCUGCGCGUGGCGGACGCAUUUGAAGCGAGGUGAAGGCGUAGUAGUUUACAACUGUUGCACGGGCCAACAGAAUCCGAUCACGUGGAGUCAUUUUGUACGGACCUGCUUCAAAUAUAUGAGAAAACAUCCCUUCAGCGACCUAUUCUGGUACCCGGACGGCGACAUAACGAGCAACCGGCUGAAGCACUCGGUGCUGUCGCUGCUGCAGCACCGCGCGCCCGCCGCCGCGCUCGACGCGCUCGCCACCGCCGCCGGCAGGAAGCCCACCAUGAUUCGCGUGCAAAACAAGUUGGAAAAAGCCUCAGCCUGUCUCGAAUACUUCACGACCCGCCAAUGGGCGUUCGCGGACGGCAACGUGCGGGAACUGUGCGCUUCGCUCGCACCGCGCGAUCGAGAAGCAUUUGACUUCGACGUCAGCGCUAUAGAUUGGGACAAGUAUAUCGAGUCCUAUGUGCUCGGGAUACGGUGCUUCUUGUUUAAGGAGAGCCCGGAUACGUUGCCGAAGAGUAGGCGUGUUUUGAGAAGGCUGCACAUAGUGCACACGCUGGUGCAGGUGACGCUGGCGCUGCUCGCGUGGCGCUUCCUGUUCCGGCGCUCGCGCGCGCUCCGUGCGGUGUGGGCGCGCGUGUGCGCCGCGUUGUGGCGGCUCGCGCGGCUCGUGCGGCUCGACCGCCUCGCGCGCCUACUGCCGCGCGACUGAGCCGCGCUCCUACAUGCCGGCGAUUAUAUACCGCCGCGGGACCGACCGCGCGACGCGACGGUGGAUAGGUGAGAGUGUUGACAGUACAAAUGUUUGUCGGUUCGUUUCGUACGACGCUCGUUGCGAUGUCGAUUCGUACGACCCUUGUUUGGAUGUCGAUUCGUGCGACGCUUGUUUGGAUGUCGAUUCGUGCGUCGCUGGUUUCGAUAUCGAUUCGUAAAGCUUGUUUUUUUCGUUUGUUACACUGUUCGCGUGUGUCGGUCGGUUGGUUCAGAGACUGUACGGUUCUUGUUGUCGCUAAAAGGAUCGACGGUAGAACGAUCGUUGCGAUAUUCGAUCGGAUUCCCCUAAUUAAUGUAAUACGCUUACGUUCGCCGGAGUCAGUCACGCGCGCCUCGAACUCGACGUUCCACAUCGCUGCGAAUGUUUUUAUGGCAAUAAUAAUGUUUUGACGUCAAUUCCAUUGAUGUUUCUCUUCCCGAGCUACAGCCGUUUUGUUGAAUAAUUGUAAUUGUAACGUUGUACCCGAAUGGUUUCGUUUUGUCUCUCUAACAGCUCAAUACAAUAUUUAUUCAUUGAAAUUUAUGUCUAAGUUCUGUAUGUUAAAUCGAUUCCAACAUGGCGGCGAUGGUUUGACGUUGACAUUGACGUUUGAAACGUCAAAGCGUUUCAGUACUGCCAUAUACAUACAUUGAGCGAACGUUGCUUGUUGUUGUUUUUUUUAAUGUAAUGUUGCUAUGUAAAAAACGAGCGUGUGUGACGAGCAGACGUGUCAGAAGUGAAACUUCUUUGGCAACAUUCGAAGAUCGAAAAUCGUAGCCUUACUCCAUUACGUGACGGUAUUGCCAUAACGUGACCUUGAAAUUUUACUAUGCGCCUAAAGAAGUUUCACUUGAAAAUAUUGUCGAAAAUCAAUACUGUCGUUGGCCAUGUUUAAAUUAUUGUAACAGUUUUACUACAAAAAUGUUUGAUCAGCCAUUUUGUUUAGAUGGUUGUGUUGUUAGGCUGUUUUGCCAAAUAGAAUGACACCGCUUACAAUGUAAUUAAGAACUACUAGUUAAUAAAAUUCUAACACUUGUAAGCUAAUGCAAAUAAAUCUUUUUGAAAUCAAUUAAAUAUUGACAACACUGUGCUUCCAAUUUGUUUCUUUUUCCAAACAACAGGACUAUUUUUGUAGUAAAUCUGAAUUUGUUUAUCAGCUUAAGUUAUCCAGAGAUUAAAAAAAUUGUGGGUAUUUUUAAAACCUCCUUACUCCAUAAGAAUCCUUAUUUAUUUAAAAAUAUUAUUUAUUGUACUUAGUUUAAAUAAAACUAUACAUACAAAAAAUCGUUGAAAUUGGUGAAUUUUUCGUACGACUACGAAUAUGUAUAGGACGUUGGUUUGAAAAUUGCCUUCAGUAAAUUAUGACGCCAUUUUUAAAUGUUGGCGUCUCACUAGGCUUGCUAUUUUGUCGAAAAUAGCUUCUAGGUAAUAAAUUAAAAAGUUAGUGAAAGUUUUUUAAACGCUAGAAAUCGUAGAGUGAACGAAUCAUAGAGAAUGAAUUAUAGACAAUUCUUUUGAUAAUAUUAUCGCGAUUAGAACGUUUCAAUUUUUUAAAAAUUAUUUUGCCAUUCGAAAACUGAAAGCUCAAAGUUAUGAAACACAAUUUAAAAAAAAUUAUCUCUUUAAGACAAAUUUUUGAUAAUUAGCAAUUGUUAAAUAAUAUAGAGAUUAGCGAAUUAAAUAUUUUGCAAAUUCGAUUUACUUAGAUAUUUUCUAAUUGAUGAUUUUUUCGUGAUUGUGACGAAGUUUAUUUUGAUGGAUAAAAAUUAUUUGAAAGACUACAAUAUAGUCGACUGCCCGGUCGUUUUCUAUUGUUUACUAUGACUAACUAUAACACCAACUGAAUAUCUUUAAAUAGUUGUAACCCGUACCAACAGAUUAAUUCUAAACGUAUUUAAAAGUAUAAAUAAUAUUAAUUAAUGUAAUCGUUGAAUCCGUAACGUACGUAAACGCCAGUUAUACAUUAUAUAAAUAAAUAAUAUAAUAUAGCAAAUUAUUUACAAGUCAUUUUAUUAUCAACAAGCUUCCAAAAAUAGUGUAACCUAAAACGUCGGUGCGUAUGAGUUAAUACUACGAGCUUGGCUCUUGGCACAUGAGUUAUAAAACUCAUGUCACCUCAACGCGAAAACUCAUGUUGAGUGACGUAUUACGAAGACUAAAGUAUACUUCCCGAUUUCAAAUGCUUCCUUUUAUAAUUAACCCUAUAGUAAAUUAUCCCAUUUUUAUUAUAAUAAUUGUUAAUUAACAGACUGUUAUUUUCACUGGUUGUAUUUAUUAUGAUGCACUUGAUACUUUGGCAAAUUGUAAUGAAUAAAAAUAAACGUGAAUUGUACACGCUGUGAAGCUUUUUGAAAUCAUGUGCAAUAUGUGUUGAAAAUACUUUAAAUAUAAUGUAAAAACAUAAAGAAUGGUAUUUUCAUACAGUUUGCGUUCAUGACGUUUUGUAAAGCUGCGAUCUAUUGGGUGAUAUCAUGUGAAAAAAAUUCUUGAAGAAGUAAAUACUCGAAUCAUAUUUAGAGGAAAAUGUAAUCAGGAAAGCGUGUUUUAAUGACAAUAUUCCAAUGGAUCGCAGCUAAUAACAUAUUAAAAUGACUAAUUUACACGGAUAUAAAAGUAUUAGUUCACGACCCUAACUAAAGACCUAAAAUUAGUUUUAAUUUCUAAUUAUUGACUAUGUAAAAUACCCACGCAAUAUACAUACUAUAAGUUAUAUUGUUAAGUAAUGCCUAAGUUUAUACAAAAUGUUGAAUAGCAUUCUUCUCUUAAGUUAAGUCAGUCGCAUCUUAGCUUUCUCGUUCGAUCACAGUUUAUUCGAAUAGAAUCGAUUUUUGGUAUCGAUUUUACCGAUUACGCACUCAAAUCUGAUGCUGCCAGUAAUGUAGAGAAUCGAUUUAUGAAUGGUCUAAUCGAUAUUGAGAAAACGAUUCCGAUGUCCAGUGUUAUGUAAUUAUAAGUUCUACGCGUAUUAUGGCUGGUGUUAUUUCGUUGUACGUAGAGCCAUGUGAUAGAGCCUUGUAUUUAUUGACACAUUUGUAUUACAUGCAUUUUUUUAAUAAGCUUGGCUUACGCGUAAUUUUUAUUUUUAAGUUGUGACCGUAAGCUAAAGCUAAGAGUGGGUUUAAAUAUUAGAUGACCAAUAUUGAGAGGGUUUAAUUUAUGUAUCUAAAAGUUAUAAUGAGCCUCUUGUGUGAUAAGAUCCUUGUCCUUUCCGAUCCUUUGUCGAUCAUCGAUAGUUUAAACUCAUGUCACUCGCUAAAUAUGUCGUAGGCAAAUUAUACAGUUGCGCUUAUAAACGACGUUGUUACGAUUAUAAUUACGUUUAUAAACGACAUGGUUCGUUUAAACACACUUAACAUUUCGUAGAGAAUUCACUUAUUCCAAAUGUACUAAGUGCCAAUAAGCCAAUUGCGAGCGGACAAAUUAUUAGUAGUUUUAAAAUAAAACUAAUCUAACCUAACUAUGAAAAAUUAUAAUUACGAAUUCUCGUCAUACUAUACAAUUUCCAGUGUGUUCAAACGGACGACGCAGUUUAUAAAGGGCCUGGUUCGUUUAUAAACGGCGUAAUUACACAAUAUGCCUGCGACAUUUACAAUGUAAUACAAAUGUCGGUCAAUUGAAACAUGGCUCGGUAUAAAUAAUUUUUGCGUAGGGCAAUGUGCUAGAUUAAUAACAUUUUGAUUCCUGAACGGAAGCGAGUUUGCGAACAAUAUUGUUUUCUCGCUUUGUAAGUAUAUAAUUAUAUGUAAAUUUUGAAAACCCUCCUUCCUUAUUUAAUAGUUGCGCUUGUAAAAACGUUUUGCGUUCGAUGCUUUUGUAUUUAUUAUGUUUUCAAUAUUCGAUUAUUGUGUAUAUAGAAUUUAGUUAAAGUUAAAUCCAAAUAUAAUAUAAAUAUGCAAAAUUUUGUUUAUUUUUUUUUUCGUAUUUCGCCGUAGAAUGUAAUAUGCGUGUGUGUUGACGUUUUUGGACGGACGUCGUUUGGCGCCAUUUUGAAAAGUGUAACUACACUCUACAGAUAACAAAAUAUGUAGGCACAGAUGUUUUAUGUACUGCCGAAUUGUGUUUUUUUUUAUGUCAGAGCUAGCAAAGGUUAAUAAUAAUGUAUUGUGAAUUGUGAUCCAUAUUAUGUAAAAUAUCUAUCGUUUAGGAAAUUAUAGUUAGUCGGUUCUGAAACGACGUUCGUCUCAAACCGUAUGAGUGCUUAAAUUAUUUCGCUUAGAACAACUUUUAGUUGUAAAUCCGUAAAUCUUGGUGGAAUGUUAAUAAUAUUAGUGCUGGUUGGUAAACGCUCAAUGUUUGAAUGUCUGUCUCUCGGUUUAGCUAGACAUUGGUGACAUAAUAAUAAAUAUGUAUAUAUAAUAUGUUUGUUAUCUUUAUGUAUAUUUUUGUUUAAUCAAAACAAAAUUGGAUCGAAAUUUUGUUCGUGACAUAAUAAAUGUGCAGCUUUAUGUAAGAAAAAUAAUAUAUUAUAAUAAUACGUAAAUAGUGUUUAGUUUAAAAUUAUCGUCAUAUUUAGAUACAAACUAACAAAUUCAAUUAGAUUGUAAAUCGUGACAAAAAUGAUGGAUCGUAAUAGUGUGCGAGCGAGAGAGAGAUACGCCAGUGCUCUAGCUAGAACGAGACAGAUUGUGUGUAAGAAACAACGCGAUUUGGUGAUAGGACGUCAUAUACAUGGGGUUAAUGAUUAUUCCAUAUAUUAAAAUAAAAACAAUGUAAAGUU